AGCUCCGCUAUGCCCCGGGGGAGGCGCGGCGGCAGGGUGAGCGCCCUGGAGGGCUGCCGGGAGGAGGAGGCGCCCCCGGCGGCGGACGCCGUGCCCUCGGUGCUGUGGGCGUCAGGGCAGCAGCCAGAGUCGGCUGCCGAGCUGAUUCUGCUCCGGGGCAUCUUCGAGAUCCGGAGGGACAGCUGCGACGUGGUGCUGAGCGAGCGGGCCCUGAGGUGGCAGCCCAUCCAGCCCGAGCGCCCCACAGGUGAUUCCAAGUAUAAUUUUCUACAUAAAGAAGAAUUUAUUGAACUCAAAGACAUAUUCUCUGUCAAACUGAAACGGCGUUAUUCAGUUAAACAGCAGAGAAGUGGUACUUUAUUAGGAAUCACACUCUUCAUAUGUUUGAAAAAGGAACAAAAUAAAUUAAAGGAUUCUACACUUGAUCUUAUUAAUUUAAGUGAAGACCACUGUGACGUAUGGUUUAGACAGUUCAAGAAAAUUUUGGCAGGUUUUUCAGACAGACCGAAGUCAUUAAAAAUAGUCCUUAACCCUCAAAGCCACAAAAAAGAAGCUACUCAGGUCUAUUAUGAGAAGGUUGAACCACUGUUGAAGAUUGCGGGAAUAAAGACGGAUGUAACAGUAACAGAAUAUGAAGGGCAUGCCGUGUCACUGCUAAAAGAAUGUGAACUACAGGGAUUUGAUGGUGUGGUCUGUGUUGGUGGAGAUGGAUCUGCCAGUGAAGUAGCCCAUGCUUUGCUUCUUAGUGCCCAGAAGAACGCCGGGGUGGAAACAGACAGCAUCCUGACUCCUGUCCGAGCCCAGCUUCCACUUGGUGUGAUACCAGCAGGAUCUACUAAUGUAUUGGCACAUUCUCUUCAUGGAAUUUCUCAUGUGGUAACUGCAACUUUGCACAUUAUAAUGGGGCACAUACAACCGGUCGAUGUCUGCACCUUCAGCACCACUGGCAAGUUUCUUCGCUUUGGGUUCUCAGCUAUGUUUGGCUUUGGUGGAAGAGCUUUGGCUCUGGCAGAAAAACAUCGAUGGAUGUCCCCUAACCAACGUAUGGAUUUUGCUGUCAUUAAGGCACUGGCAAAACUUAAGCCAGAGGAAUGUGAAAUAUCAUUUUUACCAGUUAACGACCCUCAGGAUUUAGGAGAAAGGAGGGCACAGGGAUCUCUGAAAUCUGACUGUAAUGAUCAGUGGCAAAUGAUCCAGGGUCAGUUCUUGAAUGUCAGCAUUAUGGCAAUUCCAUGCCUGUGUUCAGUGGCACCUAGAGGCUUGGCACCUAAUACCAGAUUAAAUAAUGGAAGCAUGGCUCUUAUAAUUUCACGAAACGCUUCUCGACCAGAAUUUAUAAAACACCUGAAAAGAUAUGCAAGUGUUAAAAACCAGGAUAUUGAAUAUAGUUCCCUAUGCUACACAGUAGGACCUUGUUGUUUAUCCAUCCUAUAUAUAAUAGGUGGCAUCUGCUAAUCCCAAACUCCCAAUCCUUCCCUCCCCUGCCCGCACCUUGGGAACCACAAGUCUGUUCUCUGUGAGUCUGUUUCUGUUUCGUAGUUUAAUUUUCCAUUUGUUGAGACUUACACUGUUGAAGAAGUAAAAGUUCACCCAAGGAGUAACAGCAGUGGACACAAUCCAGAGGAAGAAGACGUACCACAUGAAACUGCUACAGGAAGCAGUUUCCCUUGGAAUGUAGAUGGUGAUUUAAUGGAAGUUGCAUCAGAGGUCCAUGUUAGAGUACACCCAAGACUUAUCAAUCUUUAUGGAAAAAGCAUGGAAGAAACGAAUGAUUCCAAAGUAACAUGUAGUUGUUUAUAAGAGGAAUGUGAAAAUUAGAAUUUUAAUAUGAAGGGAUACUGUCAUGUUUUAAACAGAUAUUUUAGUAAGGAAAAAACUAUUUUUAAAAGAAAUUAAAAUUGCUAUUUUUGAUGUUACUAAAAAUUAGCUUCUAGGCUUUAAGACAUGAAAUAUAUACAAAACGAUUUAAAUUCUGGUUUUUGGAAAGUAUUUAUUGGAAUGGAAAGUAAAUCUUUCAUAUACUUGAAAUUUAAACAUGAUAUAUCAAUAUUUAACCUAGAUUAAUUCCAAAAUGAACUAAUUUGGAUUCCUGGAUUUGAGUCCAUCAAUUCUGAUGUUAAAUUUCCUAUAGCCUGAUGCCAACAGACCACAGAGUUCAUGUAAGAAAGACUGUCCUGAUUUCUUGAUGAGGUACGUAAUCCAGCGGUAUUAAAUUACACAGCUAGGAAAUGAUACAACCAGAAAUAGUACUAUUUUUUCAAAAGCUCUCUAAUACCUAGACUACUUGCCAAAAAGAAAAAAGAUGGAUUUUUUAAAAAGUUAUAGUACCACUUUGGUGAAUAGUCUCUGAAAGUUGAAAACUCAAAGUGGUAGGGUUUUGAAAUCCAUAAUACACAUAAACUAUUCAAACUAUCUAACUGGUUAGAAUCCUACCUGAAAUGGUGUCAUUUCUAGUAGGAAGGAACAAAAUUUAAAUUUCCUCAGGGAUCAUCCUUGAGGAAGCAAUUCUAAAUUUGGAUUUGAUUUUCCACCAAUGAGCCUAGACAUUUUCUUGAAAGAACUACUUGUUUUUUAAUCAUAAAAAAAAUAGUAUCUUUUGUUCAAAGGGUUCUUUAAAAUUGAAUUAAUUUCUAUUGGUACACCCCCGAAUGCAGGAGCUUUCGUGCUCAUUGGGUCCCGCUGCUCAAAUGCCUUCACAAGUUUCUGUGCAUUUUUCAUUCUCCAGCCACCAAUUUGUGAACAGAUAACUUACAGGAAUUAAGUGGUCUGAGGAAGACAGCUGUUGGCAGGGACCUCUAUGAAGUAAUCCUCUUCCAUAGUGGUAAAGACUGCCCUCUAACCUAUCACUUCCCGUAACAGAUUUCGAAAAUUUGGCCACAACCUUCAUAUCAAGACAGAUGUAGGGACAAAUCAGAGGAAAUUAUAUUCUGGUGUUUACCAGCAUUUAGUUCAUAUGCAUGAAUAAAUAUUACAAAAAGUGAUUGUAUUUGCAAGUGAAGAGGUAUUUUAGACUCAGAAAAACUACUUCAUUAUAAAAAGUCUAAGAUAACACCAACAAAAAACUUAAAAUACUUCAGUCAUCACUAAAACAUGGAAAUUUUGAUGUCACAUUUUUACCUGAUACAAGCUAAAUCUAUAUUUUUCAAUUUUACAGUUAAAUUUGCUUCUCUAUUUAUUUCCCUGAAGAAGAGAACGCUCUUAUAGUACUGGUGAAAACACAUUUCAUACUUACAUUUGAGGAGAAAGGAGUAACAUCCAAACAAGAAUUUGUUUAUUUGCUGAAUUUGAUAGUCAACAUUUUAAACAGUAUCUAAUUUGUAUGAAAUACUGGUCCCCAAUAUGUUCUUUGCAGAGCUUUGAUUUUUAAAAAUUAGUGAGGUACAGUUUUCAUAGUUUACAUAUAUCAGCUAAAGUGCAACAUUCGAUCUGUUUUAGAAUAUAAAUUAGAAUUCUAAGUACUGUUGUUUUUAUAACCAAAAAAUUUGAUUAAAGAUGGAUUUUUACAAUUUACUCUUCAGUACCUUUCCCUUGAUAAAAUUGUGUUAUAGAAGGACUUACUGGAUUUAUACCUAUAUAAACAUAUUUUCUCUUAAAAACUUAUGUAUAUAUAUAUGUACAGAAAGAAAAAAAUCCAUAGCUGUAUAAACAAUAAUUAGCCAGAAAUUAUCCCAUUAAGCUCAAACCAGUGUAUAACUUCAGUCUGAAGUUUGCUCAUCAGGCCAUAGUAUUCAUAGACUGCUGAAUAGAUGGUUGUUGAUCAAAGGUUAUAGGAAAUAUAUUACAAAUCAAUGUCUUUAAAGAUAAAAUAUGCUUUAAAAUGAUAAUGUUCCUCUUCUAUUCAUUAGAAAAUUUGAGAACAGCCUUUCAAAAAUUCUGCUAAAUAUUUCUAGAGAACAUAUUCCAAACAAGUCUCAAAGAUCUAUUAGAAAUGAGUCCUUACCUAUUUGGUGGAAUUAAUUUUACCAAAGCCAGCACAUAUGGUAAAUAGUAUUUCUUUUAAAGGAAUGAUACCUCAAAGUCCAAGUUUUCUCCAGUCGAGUUGUUUACUUCAACAUAAUUUUAAUUCAGAUGCACUCAUUUCAAGGUAUUGUCCAGGGAUUACUUAUCUUGGAUAAGCUGAUGCUUUAGUGUUUUUCUAUCCAUUUAAGAGCUGAAAGAUUAUCUUUUUGGAUAUAUUAAAAUAUUACUUUUGGAGUUAUUUUCUCUUAGAAUAAUCACUGCUUGGAUUUUUCAUCUGCAUUAAGACAUAACAUGUCACAAGGUCAUGACUAAAAGAAGUACACAGAAGAAGUCUGAGGCAAAAUUCACGGUUUCUUGUAAACAAUGUCUAAAUUUGUUUUAGUAUACUGUAACCUGAGUCUGUUAUUCUCUCAAUUUGAAAGAAGUCUUCAAUCAUCAUCUUUACUGCUUUUACUGUUAAUGUAACUCCAACUGUCUCUUCUGUUUUCUUGUUGUAGGAUAGACUUGUACUGUCUUUUGAAGAAGCCAGCCUGAAAAUAGCAUUAGUCAUGAACAUUAGCUAUUUGAUAUGAGUAUAAUAAGAGUCAAUGUCAAUUGUAGUCAGUAAAAAUUAGUUUGGGAAAUAAUUAGUUUGGGAAAUACUGGGUUAAAGAGCAUUGUUUUGUUGUUACUGCAGGAUUUCUCAGUGAUGCACGCACUCUCCAAAAUUGAAAUUCAACAUAUAACGUGCAGUGUUUGCCCAAUGCUUAGUUAGAAAGAACAUCUUUCAAAACGUUUGUUAUAGUUUGAACAUUUGUUGAAGAUAAGUUAUCUUUUAAGAAGGCAUAUUUUUCUAGAAAGACUGUGGUACUAAAGUUAAGAGAAAUAUGCAAUCAAUCAGUAUAAGAAUUAACAUUAAAAAUACUGAAAUGCUGAAAUCUAGUAACGUGGGAGUCACAAGUUGGCUUUGAGGAGAUCAAGAAUGGCAUUUUGAGUGGUUUAACAAUGGUAAUUAUUAAAGGCUUACCUUCCACAUAACAUAUGAAAUCAAUAAAAGUAAAAUAAGUCCAAGUAGCAAGCUACUUAAAAUAAUAGCUAUAGUGAAAUGGCGUUUGGGUCUUUGAUGAUGUAGUCCUUCGAGUAGCACCUACAUAAAUUAACCAAAAUAAAGAAACACCACUUUAAAACCUUGCCUCUAUUUCGUUUGAAGCCCCUCCACGAUCCCCAAUAGUAUUCAGAAUAACCCAUCCCAUUCUCUUGCUGGUCUAACACAAACCAUAGGAAACAUUGGUAAUUGUUUGUUUAGCAGAAACAGGGUGUGUAAUGGGCCAUAUCUGUGGUUCUUCCUCCAAUCCAUCCUACCAAAAUCACCUCCUGAAAGAGCUAUGUCAUGCCUUCCUGGCAGUUGUAGAAAAUACCAAUCCCCUGUAAAGUAUAUUAGGCUUGCCAUGAUUUUCCUGACCAAACACUAGCAAUAUUUUUUCCCACAAUGUUUUGGUUAAAAAGGUAAUAAUCUUACAUGUGCAACAUUCUCAUCCUUGUUUAGUUCAAUAACUUUUGGAUUUGGCUCUGGAAAAGCUGUUGCUCUUAUUUCAAACUUCAGGGCUCUAGUCUCAUCCUGUUUAAUAAAUAAAAAAAAAAGAUCACUGUAGCCUGAUACAUCGUUUUGUUUCAUGAAAACACAGAGCAGGUAAGAAUCAUGAGAAACUACUUCUAUUCUAAAGGUUUUCACAAGUUAGCUUCUCCGGUUUCACCAUUUGUAGUUAAUUGCAAUGCAAUGCUUCCUUUGGUUCCAAAGGCAUGUCCUUGGUAUUAAUUUAUAUGGCAUCAUUUUGUUGAAAUCCUUUUAUUAAACAUGGCUGCUUUGCAGAGAACUUGAUUUAAAUGCUUAUAAUAGUUAAUAUUUAAAUACUAUUUGAUAAUUACCAGUGUAUAAAUACUAUUUGAUAAUUACCAGUGUAUUUUUACCUUAGCUAUUGAAUUUUUAUUCCCAAAGAAGACUUUCUUUGUCUGAUAAACAUUUCCUCAAAUUAAUUUUAUUUGGGCUUGUUUUUCUUAAUAGUGUUGUCAUCUUUCUGCUCUGAUCAAAUACAGAUUAGUGUACCAAAUAUCGUAAUGAAAAAAUCCGGUACAAAUAUUUAUAACAUUCAAAAAUAAAAUCAGUGGCUGACCUCAGAGCUUUACUGUCUAACAGAGGGCUUUAUCACCCAGAAUCCAGAGCUUGGGCAUCUGUGGACAGGCUCCAUAGACUCUAAGGAUCUUUGAAGUUGUAUUCAAAAUUGAGAUUUUUUUUAUUUUUCAUAUGUGCGUUCAUUAGGGUAGAUGAGGAUAUAUUCUUUUGUCAAAUUCUUAAAGAGGACACUAUGACCAACAAAAGUUAAAACUACUGUGUAAAGGUUAUUUAACAUUUUGGAGAGAACAUGUCGAAUUUUAGGGCUAAAAAUAUAUACUUUAUCUGGAGCAGUUUUUUUCAACAGGGAUGAUUCUGUACCCUCGAGGAGAGUCAGCUAUGUCUGGAGACAUUUCUGGCUGGCAGGACUUGGGAGGGAGUGUACUGCCAUUUAGUGGGGAGAAGCCAGCUAUGCUGUUAAAUAUCCUACAAUGCACAGGACAGCCCCUGACAACAAAGAAGCAUUUGGUCCAAAAUGCUACUAGUGCCCACUGUUGAGAAACCUGGACCUCAAAAAGAGUGUGAAGGCAGGCUGCAAAAGUUUAAAUAACUUGUAACUAAAACAGACAGCUCUUAUUUCCCUGUCUGGUGCGUGUUCCUCUUGACCACCUUGCGGUAAUUUCAACUACUCCUCUUAACAAAACAUAAUAGCUCUCAUUUCCUUUGGCUUAUUAUGUGCUGUGCAAUAAGUGCUUUAUGAAAAUCAUCUAAUCUGCAGCAACCCUGAAAAAGAGAUAUUACCCAUAUUAAUCUGAUAAGGAAACUGAAGAACAGAACUCCAGAUAAAACCAAUGAUCUCAAAGUACUUCUCAUAAAUAUGCAUACUGCUUCUUAGGAAGAAGUCCAACAUGUAUUUAGUUAAUUUUUAAUUCAACCUGUCAAAGUUCACCUUCUUAAAAGUGUGUUUGUAUUUUACUGUUGUUGAUAAAUUUUGAUGUUUUAGUUUGAUUUUCUGGAAGUCUUAAUUUUUAGCAAAUAUAUAUUAAUAAAUGUAUACGAUAUACAAUAGUAGGUUUUUAAGCAUAAAGUAAUUUGGAAAGAAUUUUAAGGAUAGAUGAAAUGUUAAAGCAGCUAACUUCUCUAAUUUGAUCAAGGUUCAUAAAUAGCUGGACAUGCUUUCUAAAAUCUCUUAAUUAUAGUCUAUUUACAGUCUUAGUAAUCUGUUUAAUUACUAAAGCCAUGUCAUUUAGACAAUGUAUUUUGUAGUGAUAAAUGGAAACAGUUCUGGAGUUUCACUCCAGAUUUUACAUUCAUUCAUACCGUCUUAAUUUGUUGAAUGCCUCCUUACGUGACAUCCUACCUGUAUAAGAUGGUCGCGUUUGUAGAUUCUAUAUGAAGUCUUCUCCACAAAGUUGUCACUGUAUCAUAGACUUACCAUUUCUAAAAUGGAUGGCCGACCCUCCAACUGAAUGUGAACACUGGCUUCUUUUCCACUGUCCAUUUUCCCAAAAUUGCAUGAGAAAGUUAAACAAUGUGGAUCAGCUCUCAUGCAGUACUUGAAAAGAAUACAAAAGAGCGAUGUUAAAAUUUCAACAUUUUAAAAAAAGAUGGCUAAAACAUUUAGAUGGCUGAAUAUUUAGAUGGCUAAAUAUUUAGAUGGCUAAAUAUACGUGGAGUUCAAGAUCUGCUCCCCUUAGUGGCAUUUUGCAGAAAUUUAUCUUGAUAUAAACAUGGAAUUAAAGAUAUGCUUUCAUUAGUGGCACUUAAAAAAUUAUCUUGUUUUAAACAAAACACAAAUGUUUAGUAAGUUAACAAAAACAAAGUAUUCGAACUAGAUCACAUGUUUUCAUUAUUCUUAUGAACUUAAUCUUCUGGGAUAGAAAAAGUAAGACACCUAAUCAGAGUCUUGCUACGUUACAUGUUCUAUGUUCAUUGUAAAACUUGGAUCAUUUUAAGGCCUUUCUUGGGUUUUUUCCCCCAUACAUUCACUAAAAUGAAAAUACUGAAAAUUAAUUUCAUGCCACAAAGGCCGUUCAGCUGAGAACAGCAUCUUGACCCGCAAAGGGUCUGACACAACGUCUGGUUGGCAUAAAUUGGGCACUUGUUGCAUAAAUAAUGAAAGUAUGUUGUAUAUAUUUAACCCUGGGUGUCUCUCAACUCUCCAAUCAUGGCUGUUCCUCACACACAAGAACAUUACCUGAACUGGCUUCUCUCCUAUACUCAACUGACAGUUCAAAACCCCUUGGUUCAUGGGUUUAAGUGUUUCAGUUCUGUAGGUUGGAAAGCAAAAACUACAACCUGAAAAAUUGAAACUUACCAGUAGCCUCUUAUCAGUCUUUGAUAAAAAUUUGAAUAUAUCUUUCAGGGUCUCCAUUGUGCCUUUUUUCUGCUCUAAUGCACACUUUCUUUGGUAAUUCUUAAAAUGGCAUUCUCCAACAGUAGUCUACAAAGAAAGAAAGAAAAAUCUUAUCCAAUAUUGGAAAGAACAACAGCUACAUGGCUUUAAAACUUACCUUUUAAAGCUUACCUUUCCUGAAAUAUAUCAAGUACUUAUAAAAUUGUGUGAAAAUAUUUUUUGAUGUGGGAGAGAUUAAAUCUCUGUAGCAAAAAACGCAACAAAAACCCAGAAAAAUUUUAAAGGGUUGGAUAUAGGUCCCAAACUGAUCAAAUGGCCUUAACUUUACAGAAAUUAGGGCAAUAUGAAAAAUGGACAUUUGAACAUUAGCAUUAUAUUGAACAUUUCUUUGGCUUUAGACAUACAACAAAGUGUUCUAAAAGCAUGCCCUACCAUCUAAAUCUGGGAUUCAAGUAAGAUUUUUAAGGACUAUAUAUCAGAUCUACUGAGUAGGUUUCUUUGUCGAUUGUCUCAAAACUGGGAACGUAAAAACAAUUCUGAUAGAAUCAUCAACACAAAAAUAUUGAUUCUUAAGUAGUUAUUUGAGUAUUAAUAAAAGGCUGAAGUAUUGCUUUUUCAACAGUGGUCUCAAGCUUUAUGGAGAAUUCCACCAAUUAAAUUACUUCCACAGGUCCCUAUCACAAAGAAAAUCUACCAAAGAUGGUACAGCAUAGUUCUUUUAUCGUGUUGAGUCACAUGUAGAGGUUCCACCGUAAUCCUGCCAUUCUAAUGCGAUAUUCAGAGUGUGCACGGUAAAUGUAUGGUGCGUUCGUAGUUUAGACUAAGUGUGACUGAAGUAGCAGAAAUCUCCAUUUUAGCAAUAUUACUUAGAAUAAAGGAAGGAACACAUUUUUACCUGGACAUCCAAAAUGUUGAACAGUUUAUCAGUUUGGGGAAUAAAAGAAUUUGGUAUCGUUAUUUCCACACUAAUAUUUGGAGCCAUGCUUUGGCCAGUGUUGAUAACCUGAUAAGGAGAAAGAAAACUUAAACACUCAAAAAAUACUUUUUAUAGAAGUACAGAUACCAAUGAACUUUUCAGGUGAACCCAUAUAUUUCACAUAACAUUUAUAAUGGUGGGGGUUUGGAGUUGGCAGCUGCACGGCAAAAGGAGACAGAAUAUCCAGUCAGAACUUUAAAACGUUUGUUAAUAAUAUAACUAGUCAUUAUUCCUAGAUCUCUCCUUUUGGUGCCGAUUAGACCAAACUGUCUACACUGAUGGUCUACCGCAGAAGUAGUCUGAGGAAAAAGACAUCAAUAAUAUACAGUUGACCCCUGAACCACUCAGGGGGAUUAGGGUCACUGACCUCAGCACAGUUGAAACUCCUAAUAUAAUGUAUACUCAGCCCUGCCUACAUGGUUUCUCUGUUUGCACAGAUUCAACCAACCGUGGAUUGUGUAGUACUACAGUAUUUACUAUUGAAAAAAAAUCCACAUGUAAGUGGACCCGUGCAGUUUAAACCUGUGUUGUUCAAGGGCCAACUGUACCUGGGUAUGGCACAUUAUAGAUCUAAAAACCAUGAUCGGUUGUCCUUAUAACUAUCCCAUGAGGUGGGCUGACAUUUUAUUAUUUGCCAUCUCAGGAAAAUGCUGAGGUGUUAACGUUGUAACCAAGAGGAAAGUUAAAAAGUGACAAGAAGCGGGACCAAAACCCAGGUAUUCUAAUUCUAAAUUCUAUGUGGGUUUCACAAAGUCACUCUGUGCUGAGAGGAUAAUCAGCAGCAGUAAGUGAAUAAAAAUAUUUUAAAUUCAGGAAAAUUAUAAUGCUGAUGCACUCAUAAAAUCAGAAGAGGGUAGGUUAUUGGGUUUUAGAAAAAAACCAGUUUUUUAAUAAUGCAUAAGGGGAAGAUACUUCAUUACUGUUGAUAAAUCUGGGGUUUGCAGAACGCUGAAGAAGGAAAUUGGGCCAAAAUAUGGCCUCCUGAGAACUAUAAAACCAACACAGUAAGUCAGAAAAAAGAUGUGCUACAAUAUCUAAAUGAAAUAGCAUGACUCAAAGACCUGCAAUAAUCUUCUGAACGCACACGAUGUAAAUAGAGAGAGAGUAUCCCUGGGCUUUGGGACAGGUGGUAACUGCCAGGCCUUGGAAGCACAAGGGCAGUUGCAAAAGGCAAUGUCAGCAAUGGGGACCCAGCACUGCCCAGACCUUUAGACAAGGUCUUCCUGACGCCCGCAAAUAACCAAGCUCACUUACAAUAUUCUUUAUGCAUGUUCGCCUAAUAACAUUUAGACCUCCAAGAACAUCUUCAUACUUGGACAAGGCACCAAGCCUACAGACUGAAAGAAUCUCCAUGCCCAGUCACUCCAUUGUAAUUUAACUAGACAAUACUUGUGAACUAUUAUUUGCAACGUAAUAAAUAGGCCUUCUAGAGUCCAACUCAGUUUCUGUUUAUCAGAGUACAAACCCCCACUGGACUGUGACAGGAGCAUUUUGGGGGACUUCAAAGUAGAGGGCGACAUUUUUCCAACACUAGGGUAUACUAGUGUAACAACAACUUGAGUAUUGACUCAAAAGAAUUUUGAGGUCAUUCUUCUUCCACAGAUUGGGGCAGUGGCCCAGGGGUUUGCAUUUUGGAUGAGCACCUCAAGUGAUUCUGAUACACAUGUUGAAAAGCAUUGCCUUACAAAAUAUGAUAAUGUACCUAAUGCAGAUUCACUCACAGUCUGUCGAUUGUUAUAUAGCUCUUGAGAAUGUGUGAGCAGUGCUUUAGGUUCAAAAAAUGUGGACAUUAUCUCCAAUUAUUUGCUCAUUAUCAACACCCAUGCUGUAACAAAAAUUUCAGUUUGACGGUAAAAAGUGUUUAAUGAAAUUUUAGCUCUCUAUUAGUAUGUUAAUACUUCUGGAUGAUGAUGAUACUCUUUCCUUUUUAAAAAGAUUAUUUAGUAAAUGAUGGAUCACUUGUCAUGGGUCAUAUACCAAUGGCUUGAAAGGCUGACCAAGCAGACCUUAAACGGAGAUGCGGAGGUAAAAGCUUCCUUUACUUGGUAAGGUUAGGACUUGUAUGAAGCUUGGACCACGAAGAGGUUUCACUGAUUUGCACCCAAAGAUGCCUUUUCUUGACCUAUUCUGAUUUCUGCAUGCAUCUUUAGCAGAUUCAGUUCCUCCCAUAACUUUGCCUAUUUCAGGCAUUACCUCUGUUCCCAGGAGGCACUUACUGUAAGGAGAGGUAGUAUAAGGAGAGGUAGUAUAAGGAGAGUGGGCUCAAUAACAGGGACAAGAUGAAUGGGAGAGAAGGCGCAGGGGCCCACCAGGCAAGGGCAUGAGCCCUGCUGCAGCUCCCUUCUCGCCCUCAGCCAGCUGAGGUGGCCCAAAGCUGAGGGAUGCCACACAGAUAUGAUGUCCUCUGGAGCAAUGCAUCAGUAACAUUCUUUCAGUUUGCUACAAAUAUCAGCACAAUCAACUUUUCUUACGUGGAAAGUGAAGUUCAUUUUCUCUGCCAUACACAUUUCAGGCUCACUUUCCUCCUUUGGGCCAUACACAAACGACGUUGGGUUUACAAACCUGCCAGAAAUGAAUUCAGAUUUAAUUUAACUGUCUUAUUUGAUGAGGUAUUAGAAACAGUCUUUCUCUCUAGUCUAAAUAUAGCAUAUCUCUUAAAUAUCCCUUAAAUAUGCCAUCAUUCAGACGACAGGUGCCUCUAAGUACCAUGGAAUACUUUUGGUUUCUUGUAAAGCUAAGAAUUUUAGGGAAAAUGUAAUGAAAUUAGAAAGCCACGUGCUCUGACUGGGGUGAUCAUUUCUCUUCCCGCCAAUAUCCUUUGCCUUCCCAAUACUGCCUGGCUCACUCUAGUGACCAUUCCUUCUCUCUCAGCCCUCAAAUGCUUCACGCAAACUUGACGAAUAUGAGAUAAAUUCUUAGCUUUUCCCUAGGGCUCCAGUAUCCUCCUGUAUUUCAAUCUAGCUGACAGAUGUUUGAGUGAUUUCUUAUCACGCCCAGUUCCUGCUGGCUGUUUGUAAUGGACCCCAAGUCUGGGGAACAAUUCAAACAUCAAGCAGUAGGGCAAAUUUUUGUUAGGGUACAAGGUUGUCAUUCCUUUACCUGAGAUGAGACACACGCACGGUCAGUAAUGAACUUUAAGACGUAUUUUUCUAGGAAAAUCCCGACUCCCCAAGUUGCUAAUAUUUGGCAGCUAAUAUGAGGUAAUAUGUUAGAGACUCUUUUACAAAGGAAAGAAAUGAGAAAUAUUCCAAUGUUGUAGAUUUAGGCAGCUUGACAGUUGCAGAGCAUCCCUUGCUCAAAAUGAGAUGUGGAUGACGGAAAAGCAGGAGGACAUACUUAUAACAGAACCAAGGAGGCGAGGCGAGGUAAGCAUUCGAACCCAGGCAACGUGCAACUGACUUCUCUUUACUCCCCACUACUCGCCCUUGAAUGGAUUCCUCUUUCCUCCGCUGGUUUUCUCUCACAAACUGGAGAAUCAGUUCCAUCAGUUUCGGACACUAUUUUUAUAUAACUAUAUGCCACCUUUAUGGGUGGUUAAAAAUGACUAGGGAUGCUUUAUAGUUAGGGCAACUAGAAGAGCUCAUCUAUUUGUCCUGUGUCUCAUAUUGUCUAUUGCUUUAAAAAUGUGGUUUUAAACAAAGAUUAGUAGGUUCAAUAAUUUCCAGUAAAAUCAUGAAAGGUUUUCAUGAUACUCCUUUAAUUCCUUCUCUUCACAUCUCCUUCCUGAGUCAUAGGAGGGUCCAUUCAAACAAUUACUAAAAUUGUGAGGAAUCAGUGACUGCUGGGCUGUGGCUAUGGAACUCUGUAAUUCACGGAUAUAAAGAGGGGACAAGGGAGCCGGCUCUCUUGUAUCUCAAUUCAUCUGCCACGCAGGUAGAUGCGGGGUCUGCACAAGGGCGAUUUGGCCAACCUUCCACUUCUCUGAACUUCACACUUGCCCUGGCCACUGAGCAUGAUACAAAGUGCACGCUGGCACUCUGGGGCCCUGGCCUGCACGGCGUACCGCUGAAUGGUUGGACGUGGCCUCCUAUUGGGCUUUUCCAGUAAGAAAUCUCCUCCAUUGGGGCAUUAGUUUGAGGUGGUCUCAGUGAUGACUACAGAGUGGGUUAAAAUAACGAACACCUAAGCAAUGGGCUGCAACACCGAGGUAAUUGUUAAGAGACAGAAACAGCACAUGACCUUUUCUUAAAAAACUUUAAAUAGGCUUUUGACCAGUAGUUUAAGAAGCAACAGAAUUCAAAAUCAGCUCAGAAUUUUACAGGAGUCCUCCAUAUCUACUCACCCAUGAACAGUUAGCAUGACUUCAUACUUGAGAGGUACUGUUAAAGUCACUUUGUUACGCUUCACGUUGCCUGUUUCUCCUUCAUUUUCACUACAGAAGCAAAUAGAAUACACCGUCUUAGAAUCCAGUCAGCACGAAACUUCUCUUCAGAGGGAACUAGUUACGCCCCAUGUAUACCUAAUGUACUUGGAGGUUGGUUUAAAAAAUGCUUUUUGAGGAGCGGGGAUAAAAGUAGACGCAGUAGUAAGAAAUAUUUAUGUCAGAGUUGGCAGAAAUUUGCUCUCAUUAUUUAUGCUGUUAUUUGCUUCUAUGCUAUAAAACCCUGUGUUAGAAGGGUUUUUUGUUUGUUUAACAGAUCACAUAAGGAAGUUUUCUCCUGCAGACAAUGGAACACAGCUCCAUGGUUCCCCUAAGGUCACCCCCCUUUUCUCCCCCCAAAAGUCAGGGGUUCAUUUCCUUUAACACAAUUGUUUUUUCAUAAUGAAAUAUACCAGGCGGCAUGCACUGUGAUGUUGAGAUCCUCUUCUGCUCUGCUGAGUGAGCUGGCAUCCAGAAGAAAGCUAAUAUCUGUCUGAAAAACAUAGGGAACGCUCAUUUUAAAAAUAAUCUAGGCACAAAUAUACAAUGGAAUAUUACUCAGCCAUAAAAAGAAACGAAAUUGAGCUAUUUGUAAUGAGGUGGAUGGACCUAGAGUCUGUCAUACAGAGUGAAGUAAGUCAGAAAGAGAAAGACAAAUACCGUAUGCUAACACAUAUAUAUGGAAUUUAAGAAAAAAAAUGUCAUGAAGAUCCUUGGGGUAAGACAGGAAUAAAGACACAGACCUACUAAAGAAUGGACUUGAGGAUAUGGGGAGUGGGAACGGUAAGCUGUGACAAAGCAAGAGAGAGGCAUGGACAUAUAUACACUACGAAACGUAAGGUAGAUAGCUAGUGGGAAGCAGCCGCAUAGCACAGGGAGAUUAGCUCGGUGCUUUGUGACUGCC